AUGAACCCAAUCAACCAAUUAACUCCAGAAGAAAGACAAGCAAAAAAAGAAGAACUGAGAAGAAACCUAGACCUUCAAAAAGAGUUAUUAAAGGAAAUUGAGGAGGAAGAUCUACAAAAAGAAAAAGAAGAAAAGAAAACUCUAAUAGCAGAAAAAGAAACUGAAUUGAAGAACAUAAAUCAACAGAUCAUAAAUCUGAGGAUUACCAGGGAAAACCUAGCAAAAGAAAUUGAGAAUUUAAAAAUUGAAAUCGGAGAAAAAACUAUUAGUGGAAAAAUUAUUGAAGAAAUACUUAAAGAAGAAGCAAGAGCAGAAAACUCUCAGAAAAGAAAUAUCUCACCAGGGGAUAAAUGGAGUCAAGAAUGGGGAAGAAAGAAUAAUUUUGAAGAAAAUUACUAUAAAAGAAACAAGAAUGAAGAAUUUAAUAAAGAGCGAUUAGGAAAAAGAGAAGAAAGAGUUGGAAACUUCAGAUGUAGUAACUGUGAAGAAACAACCCACCUGUUUAAAAAUUGUCCAGAAAUAGAAUGUGGAAACUGUCGAAGAAAAGGACAUAUAAAGAAAUUCUGUCCAGGGUAUUACCCAGAAGAAAAUAAACAAGAAUACAAUACUAAAGAGAUUUUAGUAGCAAGAAAGGAAGCCGAACAAAACCACGAAACAAAGUUAUCAACAAUUACCAAAAAAGAUUGA